AUGGACCCGUCGACGCUCGUGGCGGCGGUGAUUGUCGUGCUCUCUGUGCUGGUGAUGCGCAUGGGCCUCACAGCAACACUGGGAGUUAUUGUGCUCGCAUUCCUACUGCUGUGUCACCCCGUCGUGCGUGUGUUCUUCGAGAUGGCUGUGCCCGGCCAGGGCGCCGCGCACGACAGUACCCAGCACGAUCACGAGACGUCGGAGGCGCUUCGCUCGCGUGCCCAUGGCGUAGCGCAUGGCAGUCGGGCCAGCACAUCUGGCGGCCGGCAGGCCGGGCGCCUGGACCUCGCCACGCUGCCAGCGGCGCUGCAGCCUGAGCUGCGCCACCUCCUGCGGCUCGUGCGCGCCGACUUUGUGCAGUUCUGGUUCGAUCCCAUUUCGUUCGGCAGCACCGCGUUCCCUGAUGAGGCGAUGGCGUGUGUCGAGCACCUGCUUGCGCAAAUGGCGCUGCGCCUCGAGCAGUAUAGCCGCGCUACGGUGAAUCGCCGCACAGACUCUACAUCGCCCCUGGGCCUGUGGCCAACGACAGAGAGUCGCAUCCAGAGCCUUCAGGCGUCGGUAUCGAUGAUGCUCCAGCAGAGUUUGCCGCCUGCGGAAAAGCGCUCGCCGCUGGUGGUGGCCCUGCUCAGCGACCUAUUUGCCAGGCAGCUGUGGGACCAGCUGCAGGCGCACAGCGACCCUGAUGUGAUCAACCAGUACAUCGUCCUAUACGGCCAGGUCGCCGCCGCGCAGGGCGCGCCGUCGAGCGCCCCCCGCGAUGCGAAAGCGCCGGCGCCGGCGCCCACUUCGAGUGUGCGCGUGGACGACUUGCUCCACGACCUCGAGCGGAGCGAGCCACGCGCCGAUGCGCCAAACAAGCCGCCGUCGUCGCUCCCGCACGACCUGACCGACGUGAUUCGCGCUCUCAAGGACCCUGCUGCGUCCGAGACGCUGGCGGAGCUGCCGGCCCCGGCAGAGGCACCCGACGCCGCGGCGCGCCCGGCCGAGCCAUGGAGCGUGGAAGCGCCGCCGGCGCGCCCGAUGAACGUGCCGCCUGCCGUGCCAGAGGCGCCAUGGCCACCCGGGCCUGCGCCAGGGCGAUCUGACGCCCACAAGUACCAGGUGCGCCUGCCCAAGAAGGUGCGCGAUGUGCUUGCGCAGUGCAACGGUGACUUGUACGACGAGUGGUACCAGUACAUGCAGCGCCGCGACUCCGGCGCGAGUCCGUGCGAGGGCGCCGUCCUGCUCCAGCUGCGCUCGAACCUCGAUGCGCUCGCUGCGUCGUUUGAUCACGAGGCCAGCACGCCGGCGCUAUUCACGAGCGACGUCAAGGCCGUGCUGCAUGCGGCCCAAAGCAUGCUGCCAUCGCACCCGCCGUGCGCGGCCGUGCAGACCGCGAUGGAGCGCCUCAGCGCGCGCGAGACGAUCGAGCCGGCGGACCUCGAGCCUCUGCGUGCCGCGCUCCUGCAGCGCUUGCAGCAGCUGUACGACGACUUUCUUUCCGAGUGCAAGACCCCGUCCGACCGGCCGCCCAGCCGCGCAGCCCCGCUGCCGCCCAGCACAUACGAGCCGCGACGCGCGCGGCGGGCAGGCAAGGAGGCGGCGCGGCAGAUCUCCGUGCUCGACGUGAGUGAGUCAGGCGGCACAGAGCGCGCGGUCGAUCCGCGCACGCUGCAGGUGCUUGUCACCAUGGAGGACGCGCCGGGCGCCAGCACAGGCGGCUAUGCGAUCCUGCGCACCUGGCCGCACUUUGAGGCGCUGCACACGGAGCUCAUGCGCAUGUACGAGAAGCUGCCGGGCGACUCGGGUCUUGUGCCGCCGCCGCCGCUGCCCUCGCUCAAGGGCCUGUCGAGCACAGAGGCGUGUGAGGCGAUCCGCCUGUACCUUGUGGCCCUGCUCGUGCCGGCAGAGGACACGCUCGCGUGGUACAAUACGACGCAGGCGGUGCAGCGGUUUCUCGACAAGACACGCGCGGCGGACGACGAGGCGAAGCUGAAGAACAUCCCGCUCGUGUCGAGCCUGGGAGACGUCAGCCGCUCGCUCGCGAGUGGGCUGGCCGGCGCCGCAGGCACCGCGCGCAAGAGUAUCGGACCCAGGGCGCCGGCGCCCUCGCGGGCGAGCCGCAUCUUUGGGCUGCGCCCGGACCUCUCGGACACGCGUCGCACGGCCGUGCGCGAUGCGCCGGAGCUGCCGCAGCGCCCGCCGGUCGAGCCGCCGCAGGCGCCGUCCGCGCAUAGGGCGCACACAGAGGCAGAGGCGGACGAGGCGCCCCAGCCGGGAGCGGGGCCGUCCCACGAGGCGCCGGAUGCCAUGGCUGGGGCGGCUGCUGAGCGGGCCUCCGCCGCUACGGCGCCCGCGCCCGCUGACCCACCUGCCGAUGCGGCGUCCGUGCACGACGUAAAGGCCCUGCUCACGGCCGUCUUUGCCGUUACACGUGAGGCGCUCAACAUGCACGAGGCAUGGACGCUGCAGCGCGGCAUGCUGCGCGUCAUUGAGCAGUUCCUGCGCACGACGUACUACGGCACGGUCGCGAACCUCGUCACGUAUUUGGCCGGCCUGCUCUCUACGGACGCACAAGUCUCGUGGCUCGCGCUCCUGCGCACGAAGCUCUGGCCCAACGACGUGUGGACGGGGGGGGCCGAGCCAGGCAGGCCCGCGCGCACCGCCGCCGAGGUCCGUGCGACGGCCGAGGCGGCGCGCGCCGUUGUGCUGAGCUAUGCGCCGCCCCAGGCCGCCUACGCGCUGGGCCUGGGCGGAAAGCAGGCUGUCGCCGAUGCGCUCGCGACCGUGCACGACGUGGUCACGGACCCCAUCGUAUCGCUGGAUCUGCACCUCGCCCUGCUGCUGCGCGUGCUCGACCUGGUGAUGGGCACGGCCGGCGCGCCAUCGGGCGAUCGGGCAUAA